AUGUCAGCAAUUAGGCUUAAGAACCUCGCAUUUGGUCUUAGGAGACAGACUGCACCGUUCAACCGCGGCACUCAGACGACACUGGCAAUUAGACUUCCUCAUCAUAGACGCCGACUCGGUCAGCGUCGUUUGAAACAAGGUCCCACCAGUACUAAGAGCGAAGAAGGCAAGCGCGUGCUGAAAGAGGGCGAUGAAGAUCCGGAUGUCAAAUGGAGAGCAUACGACAUGAUCUCCCAAUACGUCUUCUGGAUCAUGUUCGUUUUUGCGAUGGAGAUAUCCUCGUCUCGGCGGCGCGAACGAGAACGAGCGAAUGAACAGAAGGAGCUUGCAUGCAAAGGUGUAGCGGAGGAGAUUAACGCCGGGGCAAAGACAGAUGUGAGGGUGUCGGAAGAGGAGUAG